AAAAUAUCGACACCGACAACAAAACUUCCGACAGAGGUCGCUAAAAAAUAAGAAGAAAGUGGAGUAUCGAUUUAACAGUUUACUGUUUGUAGUUGCAUAAAUUUUCUUAUGAUUUAUAGUAUGGAAGCCAGUUGAGAGUGUGCGCCAUGUUUUCCGUGCGAAUUGUGAGUACGGACCAUUACAUGGCCACACCGAUCCGUGGUCUAGACGUUACAUACGCCGACCAGCGGGCCACAGAAGUCAAGAAAGUUCCUGUUGUGCGCAUCUUUGGUUCCACUCCAUCAGGCCAGAAGACAUGUAUGCAUGUUCACGGAGUGUUCCCUUACCUGUACGUUCCAUAUGACGGCACAGUGCCCUGGGACCGCUUCCUUCGACAAUUUGCCACCAGCCUCGAUAAGGCCAUCAAUGUGGCCCUGGGCUAUGGUCAGGCACCAACGCAACAUGUGUACAAGAUUGUCCUCGUAAAUGGAAGAGCGAUGUAUGGUUACCAUGACGAAGAGCAGCAGUUUUUGAAGAUCUACUUGUAUAACCCUGGCAUGGUGAAAAAGGCUGCUGAUCUGCUGCUGGGAGGAGCCGUUCUCAACAAGCCGUUUCAACCCCACGAGGCCCAUAUACCCUACACACUGCAGCUCUUCAUUGAUUACAACCUGUAUGGAAUGAACCUGAUCAAUGUGGCUGCUAUCAAGUUCCGAAGAAAUGCCUCAGAUGUGCAGCCUGUUAUGGGUAGCCAGGGGUCAGAUGAGGGAGUGGGUUCCACCCCUAGAACCCCUGUGACUUUUACGGGUCUGCUGAACAGAUCAGGGACCAUGACCCCCUCACAGCAGGUCUGGGACGCAGAAAAUAUACCAAGCGAGAUGUACCUAGACAGCCAGGUGGAGAGAAUGAGCACUUGUAAACUGGAGGUGGACGCUGUGGCUGUCGACAUCAUUAACAGGCUUGAGAUUGGAGAUAAUGUGGGUAAUAACCCCGGCCUGGCUGCUCUUUGGGAGGAUGAAAGGCAGCGUUGUAGAGACCGGGGAGAGAUAACCGAUAUUGCCCCACCAGAGUCACAAGAUCGAGGCAGUGUACCACUUUCAGACAGUGAGAUAGAACUUAGAGCUCGUCUACAACAAAUACUGCUUGAACUGCAGCCUUACAUUGACAGUCAGCCAAAUGAGGAAAGCAGCAGUUGUGAAAGUGACCUUCCAUUGACACAGGCAUCAGAAGUUGACCUUCACCUCAGUCAAGAUGAGAUGUCUGGUACCCAGGAUAUAGAAGAUGAGGCCGACUUGGAACCAGUGGUCGAUGUUCCGUCUAUCCACCGCAUUGUCUCAGCCAGUCAGAGCUUCUGUGACAUACAGCUAGACACACCUAAAGUUCCCAGCCAGGAUAGGUCACUGGUGGAUAUCUUGGCUUCACUGGCAGACGAGAGUUCUCCCCCUUCCUCCCAAAAUGCAGCAGUGGUGUUGGGGGCCCUGGAGGAUAAAGACAGUGUCUUGUCACAGGUGUCUGAGCCUCUGAGUCAGGAGGAGGCUAGACAGGAGUUGGAGGAGAGCCUGGAGAUGACACAGAGAGUCUGGGACGGAAUUGAUCAGGGUGCUGAUCUCGAUGAAUAUGACCUUGCGGGUCUGGAUGACACAUGGGUGGACUCACAAGAGGCGGGGCCCUCCAACACGACACACCCCCAGCCUGAGUCAGCCAAUCAGGAGGCUGAAGGGUCAGAUAGUGACAGUGAUAUGAGUGAUGUUAUUCCGCAGUAUGAUGGUGCCAAUGAUGAACCUGGUAAAGCAGGAGGGGUAAAGAGAAUGGGAAUGCGAGGCCCAGCAUCCCGGACAGGUGCCAUUGAACAGCAGAAUAGUAUAGCAGCCGUGAACCCGUUCGGUGACGUCCCUGAAACCAAUAUGGCCGCUCAGUUCAAUGCAGGCAACCAAAAUGUCCUUGCCCAUGCUGGACAACAGGCAAUGUGGAAUCAAUCCGCUGGAAACCAGCAGUGGCCAGGACCUAGGUAUAGAAGCCAGCCGGGUCACCAGAUACCCCCCAGGUCAAAUUUUGAUCCCCGUUCUCAAGAAGGGUACCAACAAAUGAAAGCUGCUAUGGAAAGACAAUACAUGGGUCAGUUUGAACAUCAGAAUAGAAUGCCUAUGGGGCAUCAGUUUCCAACUUCUACGGCAAGUGAUAAUCCCUACAGUCAACAUGGUGUGAGAUUUAUGAGCCCAGCCAUGGGUGGUUACCCACACCAGAUGGAAGUUCACAGACAGUUGUCUCCAAGGUCGUUUAAUCAAGCCCACCCGGGCCAGUUUUCAGCAUCCCAAGGAUAUGGCCCUACUCAACCAGCUUCUCCUCAGUUCAUUGCUACACCUUUACCACAAGUCAGCCCUACUUGUAGUCAGAUGGGAGAUACAACCAACAUGCCCUCCAAUGUUACCUCAUAUCAACACAUGCAGGUGAAUAGAAAGCUCGAAUCUGCUAUUAGAAGUAAACAAGCUGGUCAGACAAUAAGAGGAAAUAUACCAGCACACUAUUCACCCACCAGUGAUGAUCAGUUCACAAAUGACUUUUCUCAAAAUGCCCAACAACAUAAUAGGAAUAUGGCAUUUCAGGAUAUUGAAUCUUUAAAUCAAAGGUCUAGCCAAGUCAGAAACUCUUCUGGUUCUAUGUAUGAAAACAGUGAUUUGAACAUUUAUCAAAGACGGGACUUAACGAAUCAGGCGAUACCUUACAAUGCUACAGUGCCACGCAUUGGUGGGCCUUUAAGGCUUCAGACUGAUGCAAACCCUAGUCAACAAAAGGUCAAUCAAAGGAGUCCUGGACAAGGAUAUUGCCUUCAGCGUCCGAGGCUUCUCGAUCAACAGAUGGUCAGAGGGGGGGUACCUUCACCAGAGGCCCUUUCUCCGGUAAAUAGAAAUAGUGGUAAUUCUGGUGGAAAGUCUAGUCAUAGUCAGCAAUCUGAAGAAAUUUUCUUUAUGAGGCAUGUUUCAGCCAAUGGCGAUCCUCCAAGUAGAAGUAGCGUGGUUAAUACUGGCAGAUCGAGAACCCCUCUUGGACUGCAACAGAGUGCAAUAUCCCCCCCACUGAACCAUCUCAGCCCACCCCAAGUGCACGUUUCCACAGAGCAACCAUUGGGUCCAGUGUCUCGUUACUAUCAAGCUAGGCUUGCUGCUGAGAUUGCUUCAAAAGAGCAAGCGAAAGCAAAGAGAGCUGCUGAAGAAAGCCAAAAACAUACUCAAUAUGAAGCAAUCAGUCCACCAGCUACGCCAGUGUCAUUACCUGUGACGUCAAAUGCCCUCUUGACCUACCACAGAUCUUCUGUGCCAUCUACCCCAAGUCCUAGCUCAAAUACUAACCAGCUCAGUCCUCUUGAAAGGUUACUAUUUGAUCCAGAAAGUGAUAACCCAGCUAAACAGGCGUUUAGAAGUGUGAGUCAAAACUCUAAUGCCAGUGUAUCUUCAUUGCCAGGUGACAAUGAGACUAAUUUUGGAGCUUCAUUGCAGAGAAGUUCUAGUGUAGAAAAACUAGGAAAUUCUACCAACCAACAUAUGUCUUAUAAAUCUCCACAAAGUGCUAAUAUGUACAGUCCAGGUUCUCAAAGGAAGAUAGAAAACACAAAGUUGUACAAUUUGCUGUCAAGCAACACAUCCCCUGGGUCAAGUGUGAAGGAAAGCUUGCAACAAAGUGCUAAUGAAAGUCAGCAUGACAGCCAACAGGAUUUGUUCGCUGAUUUGGAAAACUCAAGAAGUCAGAGGUCAUACUCUCAGCAAAAUAGUCAAAGUAGCUCCAAUAUACGAGAUGACAGCCUUAUAUCACUCUUCAGUGGGAAUUCAUCCAUCAAACAAUUUACAGAAACCCCUCCCCCUCCACAGGCUAAUAUGAGAAGUGGCCUCAUGUCAAACUAUCGGCAGUUUCAAGAAAAGGCAUCCUUAGAUAGCUUAAAGCAUUUGGUUGAUGGGGUGACAAGAGGUUCAGAGUUUGGUGUGAACUUUAGUAAGGCCAUAUCUGACAAUACAACUGCCAGAUCUACAACUCAAUCAUCUUCCAGUGGACAGAAAGUUACAGAUGAUGUAAAUGAGGUACCAACCCAUAGUCCUGGAAUGCCAUAUGGUAUCUCUGGUCACCAUGCUUCACAACAACAACAGCAACAGUCAUUAGCAGGACAUCAUCAGCUUCAGAGAUCACAGUCAGACCAGCAACAGCAACACCCAGUCCAACUCAGUCCCGUUCAUUCAGGUGCAUCUGCAGCUGGUGGUCAUUUGGGUGUUCGGCACAGUCCAGCCAUGGCCAGUCCUUCACAGCCCAGCAUUCUACAGAGUGCCUUGAGCCCUGGCAAUCCCCGCAUGACAAGCCCACAACAGGGGCUUCCUCAGAUAAGCCGCAUACCAAGUCCAAAAUUCACAGACCCUCCUCUUGGUUCUAGAAAUGCUAUCACCGACUGGGCAUUGCAAAAUAAUGCCAGGCCAGCAUCCACUAGAGGGAGAGGAGCAGGCCGGGGAGGGACUGGCAAGCGGGGAAGACCUAGAAACAUUGACAGAUCAGCGAGCAUGCCGGCUGGUACUCCUGCUGGUGACACUUUCCCAAAACGCAAAAGAGGCAGGCCAAAGAAAGUACCAAAUUCUCCAGUGAAUCCACAUUUUAGCGGUGUUAUGCGUAAUACUAUGGCUAAUACUGGACAGCAGAUGCAACAACCAAUACCUCAGAUGUCUACAGGUUUCCCUUCAGGUCAAAUGAAUGCAUCUCAUCAGCAGUUUCAUAUGAGCGGUCAAGAUUCAAGAAUUCAGCCAAAUAACCGUGACUGGUCGCAUCAGCCGUCGUUUCAAGAAUUGUUGGAAGGUGAUGCCUCAGAUUUGCUUGCAGAAUUUAACACAAACUUUCCCACAAGUCAGAUGAAUCAAUCAGUUAAUGACCAAGGCAUUGAAAACCCUCAAUUAAGGCAAGAUAUGCACAGGCAGAAUUCUUUGCAAAGCUUUAACACUGAAUAUUUCACCAAUCCACAUGAAAGAUAUGAUCCAAACUCAUCAGCCAGAACUAGUGUGGACACAUUUCCAGACCCUGUGGUUAAUUCUAAUCAGCCAAGCGUUGGCCGUCUAGAACAGACGUCAGCUCUUCAGGGUCAGUAUCCAGAUUUAAGUCAAAGAGCACACGGUGCCUCUCAACAAAUUUCUCAGCUAUCACAGUUUGGCCAGCAUUUGAAUCUCCAGAUACAACCAGAGAAUCAGCACUAUUUUCAGAACCAGUCGCAGACUGAUCAGUCAUUCCAAGGCCUUCUUAAUGGUGAUCAGGAUGGUCAAGGAUUUCAUCUCUCGCAAGCUAUGGACUUAAGUGAGCCUCAAGAGUUUGAUGCAGGCUCAGAGUCAACUAUGGGUAGGGCUUUGUAUGAAACCACUGUGGACACAUCACAAUUGGUACCAGAACAGACUAUGAUACAUACUUACAAUGUCCAGAGACAAAGAACAAUGAGUGAGCCAGUGAAUGAAGCUUUCAUGAAUAAACCUUUGCAACCUAGGAAGUAUGACAAGCAGCAAAUUUCUGACAAUUUAAAUGAGAAGCCUUUGCAUGUAAGUGGCUUUAAUGUUGCCAAAGAUAUAAUGGAAUUGAUUAAAUACAGACAAAGGUCACUUAUUCCACAACCAUCACCAUUUUACAAGUACAAAUUCCCAGUCCCUUCUCCACAGUUAAAAGGCAUCAAGUUCAGAAUUGAUGAGGAAGAAAGAAGCGGAUGUCAGUUAAAGGAAGUCAGAAUGCACCCUAAAGAUGCCCGUAAGUACAGUCUGCUCAAGAUUGGUACAGAGGUGGUCAAACUCCAGAAUCUCAGUGAUGAACAUGUAGAACAGAUUCAGGAACAAUUAAAACUUUGCCAAGAAGUAGCUGGUGUUCCACCGCCUCUGAGAGAGGUCAAAGUUGCUGAUAUUCCUGCUGCCAAUAAAUCUCUAAUAGCAGAUCUCCUAUCUGCUGAAGACAGCCCUCUGAGCAAAAGUCAGGUCUUCCCUCAGGGGGGCCACCAUUUUAACUCUCAGUUGCCGAUGUCCGAGGUAAAUCAGCAUUUGAAUCCUCAUUUACAGAGAUCUGAGGUCGACCGGCAUUUGAACCCUAAAUUGCAAACGUCCGAGGUGGACCAGCAUUUGAACCCUCAGUUACAGCAAGAGAAUCAACAAGGUCAGUGCUCUGAAAACCAGCAAGGUGAAAACAAUGAUGUGGCAAAUGCUCAGUUAAAAAAUGGGGACGAUGAGUCAGGGGAUAAGUCAAGAAAGCAGAAGCGAACUCCAACAAGCCAAAGAAAACAGAACAGCAUGUUUGGUAGGAACAUCUCCAGCGUACCCCAUCUGAAGAAAUAUAGACAGGGAUUUCAGUACUUUGGGAAAGGUAUCGUUGGUAGAGGAUCACAUACUCCACAUUUGAAGGUUAGGCAGAAUAACCCAGGCCUUCCCAAGGAGUUUGAAGAUAAUGGUGAUAUUGUAAUUAAAGAUGUGAGUCUAACCGAAGCAUCUGAUGGUACACUUACACCCAUAAAAUCUAGGACACCUAUAGCUGGAAGAAGUCCUGCUCAUUGCGGAGGUGUUCCAAAUGCUGAAGCCGAGAGUGAGCUUAGUGACUAUGGAAUGGAUUUAAAUCAGUCUGGGAAUAGCCAGAUAUUUAACGAAAUAGGUGUGCUUAAUGAUGAUGUAGCUGUUGAAAAUAAUUCAGAAGCAGAAAAUUCAGGUGAGGAUGUAGAUAUUGCUGAUGGCUGUGAUAAAGACAACUGUGAAGAGAAAGUUGAUAUCAACAAAGAAGCAAAGAAUGAAAGCCAAGAUUCAGUAGAAGAACCAAUUGAUGAUAUAGUUGAUAUAAAGACAGAACUUAAUUUAGAUAGUGACUCCUGUGAGAAGAUAUCAGUAGGAGAUGGUAGAUUUGGGGUAAAGGAAGAAAACGAUUUGCCAAUUAAAUGUGGAAAUACACUUUCUGAUUUCAAUAUAACUUCUGAUAAAGACAAUGAUGACUUUAAUUUGGUUCUAAGUGUAAAAAACUCCCUUGUUGCCAAGGCAUUAAACAGUCGAAAAAAUGAAAGGAAUGCAAGUUAUGAUGAGAGAGAUGGAGUAUAUCCUGAACAUGGAGUAUUAAAGAAAGAAAAACUGAUAUUGGAUAAGGUGAUAUCAAGAUCUCGUUCCAGUAGUAUGGGCAGUGUGUCAAGUAUGUCAAGGUCAAGGAGAAACUCUUUAAUAAGUGGAGAAGAAAGUGCUAUGGACACUGUUAGUUCAAGGUCAUCGAAACGGAGAAAGAGUAGUGACAAUAGUGAUUCUAACAAAACUGGAUCGAAAAGAAGUAAAAGAGUUUUAAGUUCAAAUUCUGCAACAUCUUCUAGAAGGGGUUCGAGGUGUUCAAGUGUUGAAAAAGGGGCAGGUGAUAAAAAAAAGACUAAGUGUAAGAGUAAGAAAUCUAACUAUAGAUAUGAUUCUGAUUCAGAUGGAAUACCUGGUGUGGAUUAUAUUGUGACUAACAAAUUCAAGGGACAGAAGGAAUUACGUGUAGUUGUGAACAAACUGGAUGUUGGUAAUCUUGAUGAAAAUUCUAUGCAUGAAUCAAAAUUGAAUGGUUACAAUAAAUGUAAACAGAAUAAAGAUCUUGUUGAGAGUGUUAAUGAAAAUCUUGAUGGUGUAAAAUCAGAAAGAACUUGUAACAAGGCAGUGACAGGGUUUUCUGCAGAGUUUGAAAAGUUUUUAGCAGCUAAACAGAAAUUUACCAUUGAAACAGACUCUGAUACUGAAGACAAUGAUACUUCCGAAAAAAACUCUGACAACGAUAAAGAGAAAAGUGUCACUGUUAAUCAGGAUAAUCCUUCUACCUUGGACAAUUCAACUUCCUCUUCAGCUGUUGUUAUACUAGACACAAAGAACAACCAAACACUUGUUAUAGAAGAAGUGGAAUCAUCUGAUGAGGGUCACACCAAUAGAAGAAGUGUGUGCCAAUCCAGAAAGCAAGCUGAUCGGCCAGAUUUGCACAUUAACUCAGGUGAGUGUCUGUCAGUCUGCCCCAGUUUAUGUUCUUGUUCAAGCUGUUGCAAAUUCACUAAUUCUAACAGUAAUGUUUCUUCCUUGACAGGGAUCAAAGAUAUAUCUAGUUCAAGUGAAGAGGAGAGUGAACUAGAGUCAGUUAAAGUAGCCUUUGGGUCUAGAAGUCUUGAAAAUUUUAACAAAAAGAAAAAGAAAACGCCAAACAAGAAACAUGAUGGUAGAGCAUUUGUAACAAAAAGGCGAAAGCGUACAAAAUCAUCAAGACCUACCAAGUUAAUGUGUACCCUGUCAGUUUUACAUGAUGCUACAAUGGAAAAACUUACAUCUCAGAAGUUUAGCGACAUUGACACAUCAUCUUCCAACCAAUCACCAAUGAAAAGUAGGGACACUGCAUCCGAUUCUGACAGCUCAUUUAGGCCAUUUGUAACUUUACCAGAUUAUGAAACGUACAAUGACAGGUCAGAUGAUCAUCAAGCUGUGUUUGAAGACACCAUGUACAAGCUAGCUUAUCUCUCCCCUCCUCCACCUGACAAGGACUGUGAUUCACCACCAAGACCAUUAACUCCUGCAGAUUUGAUACAAUUUGGUGCUACUUUAGAUCUGAAAAACAGCAGUAGAAACUUGGAACAAAAAGUUGAACAAAAUGGCCAAAAUUUGGUGGAGGUAAGGGAACAGAAAUUGUCUAUCACGGAUAUUCUUAAAAAUAUGCAUGAGGGUGAUACAAAAGAUGCAAGUCAAGCUGAUGACAGGAAUGUUACUGCUCCUGGAACGCCAAGUAAAAUUGCCAUUGCUAAAACUACAAAUAUCACUUUACAAGAUAUAAAGUCAUUCUGUCAAGCUGAAAUAGAAAAUGAAAUGAACAAUGACUUAUCUUCUCCUGUGUUAGAGUGUAUAAGUAAUGAACAUUACCAAAAGACUGAACCUGACAAUGAAGUUUGUGAUAUGGAUGUAGUAAACAAUACACCUCCAGAUCUUGGUCCACCAGUUCUAGUUGAAGAAAAACAAGAUGAAAGAAAGCUUGAUGAUAGUAGUCCACCACCUUAUCUUACUCCAAACAGGCAAAUAUCUGCAAGUGAUGAAGAAAAUGAGAACUCUGAAGAAGAAAGUGAUGCAGAGAUAAAAUCAGGAUUAAACUAUUCUGGAAAAGGCAGAGCACCUCCAUUUUUAAUUCCAUGUAGAUCUCCAAGGGUUUCGGGAAUGUCACCCAGAGGAUAUUCUAGUCCGAGAGUUGCUAAACUCAGUGAAUGCGACACUCUUGAAUUCAGUCGAACAGGGGAAUUUGAAUCAAGUAAAAUGAGACUGGGAAGAUCUCCAGGUGCUUGCAGUUCCGUUGGUUCCAUCAAUGUAAUACACAGUGAAGAAUUUAGUGACAUUAGCGAUGAAAAUGACUUAGAUGAUGAAGGGCAUAGCUACAGACAUAGGCAGAGAAGUGGUAAUCAUGUUAGAAGGCAUGUUAGUCAUGAUCCAUCUGCAGACUUGUUUGAUUUGCCAGAUAAUAGUGAAGCGGAGAGGCAAAAGCAUGAUAUUCAUGAAAAAGAAAGAAAGCUGAGAGAAAUCAAAGAAUUUGAGCAAAGAAUGAGAAAGAAAGGGGAUGAAAAUAGAAAUAACAUAUUUGAUAUCAUGAAUUCAGAGCAAUCUCAUGAAACAAGUAAGAAAACUCAACAUGGGGACUUGAAUGGACAUAUUCAAUCUUAUAGCAAUGAUUUUUCCUUCCAUAAUAAUCAAGCAGUUUCUCAGUCAGUCUUAAGUGACAGUUCUGUUAUAAAGAGAUUAAAAAUGUAUCGUGCUCAAACAGGAAGAGAAUUGGAUUUAAAAAGGAUAUCUUCUAACCUGUUUUCAUCAAAUGUCACAGCAAAGAGGGGAAAUAAUGCAUCUUAUGAUGCAAUGAAUUGCUCAGCAAAUCUUCUCAAUGGGGGGUUGUUUCAUGGAAACCUUGAAAACCAAAAAACACAUAGAAAUGGUGAAUAUCAUAGAUCGUUGUCUCAGAGUGAUGCUAAGGAUGAACAAAUCCAAAGUUUGACACAUGUGAAUGGAUUUGUUGAACAAAAGCAAGAUCCAAGAGAGCUUUUUCAUCACAGAGGUAAUUCUCAGAUAGGCUUAGUAAAUUCUGUACCAUACCAUCGUAGCAACUCUUUUGACAAUUGUAGAACAGGGAAUAACAGCUCAAAUCCGAGUAUUAAAGAUCUCAGUGGACAUAGUAGAGACUUGUUUGAGAGUUCUUCUGAAGUUACCUCUGCACACAAGGGUUUUUCAAGCCUUAGGUUUUGUAGAUCUCUGUCAGAUUCAUCAGCUAGAUCUGAAUACAGCAUUGUGCAUAGCCAUAGAGUAAAUGAGUCCAUUUUGAAAUGUGUCAACAACUUAGCACAAAGAAGCAGUCCUACAAAGACAUGUGCUAGUCAGGUAAAUGGAGAUCAUGAUGUGCCAUUUGUUUCAUACGGAAGUGGUGAGGGAAGGAAAAAAUCAAAUCAGGGUGGAAAAGCUCAACAGUCAUCUAGCUCAAAUACAGCACAAUCAGGAAAUCAAAGACUUGGGUCUAGUCAGGAAUCAUCAGAAUUAGGCAGCAAUGAUCGUGGCCAAGGAUAUCUUACAAAACCAAGGGUAGAAGAAGAGGGCGGCCAUAUUUGUCAUGUGAUCACACCAACAAUCCCUCCUCCUUCAAGAGAGAGUAUUCAGGAAUCGGCCAAUCUGCAUGGCUUGUCAGCUGUCCGGCACAUUAAUGCUUUUUAUGGAAACCACAGGGACGUGCCUGAGAAACCGAGGGAGGGAGGUGGUCGCGUGAUAAAGAUCCCAUCCUCGCUGGUAUCUGAAUUAGAAGAGUUUGAGCCAACCUGUCUGUCUGUCCAAGGAUUAAGGCACUGGAGAGAGGCCGCAUGUUCUACCAGCCAGCUGUCAUUUUCCCAGACUGGUGCACAAGAUUUGCUCCAGAAACUGCAACAAGAGCCUGCACUCAGAUAUGCAAUCACAGGUGACCAGUCUGUGAUUAUUACACCUUGCUUACUACCUCCAUCUAUGAAGAGCAUCAAAUUAUGGAACAAGGGACGACAAAUUUACACUGACAUUAAACAUAAGAAAAAUGAAAUUAAAGAUUCAAAUCAUGCAAACGGAAAACAAAUUUCUGAAGUUAAAACAAAGAAGCAAUUGGAACAUAAAGACACUGAAAAAAGUGAAACACAGGAGAAGAAGAAAGGAAGCUAUAGAUUAAAUAUGUUCACUGGAAAACGAGAAUGGAAUAGUCAAUCAGACUCCAUAAGUCCUCAAUCUAGUCAAGAAGGUGAGAGGAAUAAAGAUACUAACAAGAGAAACAAGAUGGAUACCCAAGAAUACCAACAGGCCAAGAAAGCUGGCAACCAAUAUACUCCAGAGUCUAAGAAAGCCAAAACUGACAAUUUUACCCCAAUUAAAGCUGUGGAGAAAUCUGCUGAAACACCAGAAAGCAGUCAACCAACUGAUGAGCACAGCCAAACAGAAGACACAAAUAUUUUGCACAGUACGCCAAUGUUACGACGACAGUCUACAGAUCUUUUUGAGUCAGAAUAUACGCCCAUUGCUGGUAGUCGUGAGCCUGAACUCUCUCAAGAUGAUAGUAAAGAUGAGCGUGAAUGUCAAGGGGAGUUUGUGACACCAAAGAGGAUACGCCCACUGAGACGCCUGUCAACAAAUACGGAGACAACUCUCAGGAGGGCAAUACUGUCAACGCAGAUGAAGCAGCAGUAUGGCACACCUUCCCUACAAAGGAGAGACACAUCUCAGAUAGAGGGCCCUUCACUGAAGAACUCCUUUGGCUUCAGACACAGCCAGCAAAACCUGCAAGAUGCCAAGGCACUUCAUGAGUUCCAAUAUCUUACCAUACUGAGUGUGGAGGUUCAUGCUGAGAGCCGCGGGGACCUUAUGCCUGACCCUGAACAUGACCCCUUGAUUGCCAUCUUCUACUCAAUCUUUAAUGAUGUCCCUGCAGAAAGGGGAACUAGGCAGGAAACCGGUGUUCUCAUUGUUCACCCUGAGUCGGCCAAUCAGCAGUCUGGAGACAAAGUAUCAACCAAUCAGAAAGAAAGUAACCAAAUGGGAUCUUCCCAUAAACCUCAGGCAGGAUCAUCAACAGAUCAGAAACAAUCUGCACCAUCCAAUAAGACAUCACCAGGAAUAAAAGAUUCUGAUCCCAAAAAGUAUGAAAUGACCUUGUUAGAGAAAUCGGGCUUUCUUGGUGUGAAAGUGACAUAUGUCCAGGAUGAAAUGGAACUGUUGACAACAUUUAUAGAUCUAGUUCUCAACUGGGAUGCAGACAUCUUGGUUGGCUGGGAGAUACAACAGCUAUCCUGGGGCUACCUUCUACAAAGGGCAUCCACCCUUGGGCGCAACCUCUCCCAGGCCCUGUCCCGCCUGCCCGACGCCCGACAGGCAUCCCAUCAUUCAGCAAAGAAGGAUGAGUAUGGGGCCGACCACAUGUCUGAGAUUCACAUUGCUGGCCGCAUAACACUCAACCUCUGGAGGCUGCUCAGACAUGAGGUGACAUUGAACAUCUACAGUUUUGAGAAUGUGGCAUUCCAUGUGUUACACAGACGGAUCCCACUCUACCCCUUCCGUAGUCUCACAAGCUGGUUCAAACACAGAACUCAUCUCCACAGGUGGAAGGUAUUGUCACACUAUAUGACCCGUGCGAAGGCCAACCUGGAGCUGCUGGAUCAGCUCGAUGUGGUUGGCCGUACCAGUGAGUUUGCCCGAGUGUUCGGCAUCGAGUUCUACCAUGUACUCUCCAGGGGAUCACAGUACCGGGUAGAAUCCAUGAUGUUAAGAGUGGCCAAGCCCAUGAACUACAUCCCUGUGUCGCCCAGUGUGCACCAGCGGGCUCGGAUGAAGGCUCCGGAAUGUAUUGCUCUCACCCUAGAGCCGGAAUCUCGGUUCUACACAGACCCAGUCGUUGUGGUGGAUUUUCAGUCCCUCUACCCUUCCAUCAUGAUCGCCUACAACUACUGCUUCUCCACAUGUCUUGGACGCCUCAACUGCCUCAACAAGGCUCAUGAAGGUGCAAUAGAUUUUGGCUGCACAUCUCUAAGUCUAGAUCCAGCUGUCAUAAAGAAACUGAGUGGGAAGGUGUCUGUGUCGCCCAACGGUGUGGUGUUCUGUACACAGGAGGUGAAGAGAGGGGUCAUAUCAGUGAUGGUAGAAGAGAUCCUGAAAACCCGACUGAUGGUGAAGAAAGCCAUGGGCAAUUACAAGGGAGACAAGACACUGAGUCGAAUGUUGAAUGCCCGACAGCUUGGUCUGAAGCUUAUUGCCAAUGUGACAUACGGCUAUACGGCAGCCAACUACUCCGGGCGUAUGCCGUGUAUCGAGGUCGCCGAUAGCAUUGUACGCAAGGCUCGGGAGACACUGGAGCGCUCUAUAAAGCUUGUGGAGGAGACCCCUCGCUGGAGAGCAAAGGUCGUGUAUGGUGACACUGACAGUAUGUUCAUUCUGCUGAAGGGGCGUAGCAAGGAGGAGGCAUUUAAGAUAGGCCAGGAGAUUGCACGGACAGUCACAGAGAUGUUCCCUAAACCCAUCAAACUCAAGUUUGAAAAGGUGUACCUGCCAUGCGUUCUGCAGACCAAGAAGCGUUAUGUGGGCUUCAUGUACGAGACGCCCGACCAAAAGGAGCCCGUAUACGACGCCAAGGGCAUAGAGACAGUUCGCCGGGAUACAUGUUCUGCUGUCUCCAAGAUCCUGGAGAGGUCCAUCAAGGUGUUGUUUACACAGCGUGAUGUGUCAGAGGUAAAGGCAUACGUUCUGCAGCAGUGUCAGCGCGUCAUGGAAGGUAACGUCUCCCUCAAGGAUUUUAUCUUCGCUAAGGAGUACCGCGGAAUGUCUGGCUACAAGCCUGGAGCAUGUGUGCCUGCUUUGGAGAUUGCAAAGAAGAAGGUGAGAUCCGACUGUCGCUCGGAGCCACGAGUGGGUGAACGUGUGCCGUACCUGAUUGUGUACGGGAGCCCGGGCUUGCCCCUCAUCCAGCUGGUUCGGACCCCAGGUGAGGUCCUCGCUGACCCAGCCCUCCGUCUCAACGCCACAUACUACAUCACAAAGCAGAUUCUCCCUCCUCUAGGCCGAUUUUUGUCUCUUCUUGGGGUGGAUGUGUUCUCAUGGUAUCAGGAAAUGCCUCAUUCUGCAGGGAAAGUUUCUACUAACACUAUUGGUACAGAGCAAAAAAAGGGCACAAUAUCUCAGUACUUUGCCACAAGCAGCUGUCCAGUGUGUGAGACCCAGACGAAGACGCCAAUAUGUCGGAACUGUAUGUCUGACCCCCAGCUGGUGUGUGUCACGCUGAAUGAGCGAAUCACACGAUGGGAGAGGGUCUACACACAUGUCCUCCAGGUAUGUGGCACAUGUAUUGGCAGCCAGGAGGUGGGAACUAUCAACGCUUGUGUGUCCUUAGACUGUCCGAUUCUCCACCGACGUUCCCGGGCUGCCAACGAUGUAAGCAGAGCCCAGAGUUACAGGGAUAUUCUCAACAAAGUGUUUACGUGAGAGAUGUUUUCAAAAUGCCUAUGUGUCCCUAGACUGUCCGAUUCUCUACCAAUGUUCCCGGGUCGCCAACGAUGUAAGCAGAGCCCAGAACAGGGAUAUUCUCAACAAAGUGUUCAAGUGAGGGAUGAUCUCAAUGUAACUGUGUGUCCCUAGACUGUCCGAUUCUUGCAGGCCACCAACAAUUCAAGCAGAGCUGAAGAGCUAAGGAGAUGUUCUCAACAAAGUGUUCAAGUGAGAGGUGUUUUCAAAAUGCAUGUGUAUCUCCAAACUGUUUUUACUUCUACCAACGAACAUGGUUUAACGCCUAUUUGUCUCUAUACUGUUUGAUCCCCUACCCACAAAUAAUGUAACCAGGGCUCAGAUCUACAGGAAUAUACUGAACAAAGUGAUUGGAUGAGAGCUGUUUUCAAAGGGCUUGUGUGCCCAUUAACUCCUCUACAGGCGUUUUGGGGUGGCCAACAAUUUACCCAGAACACAAAGCUACGGGGAUACGCUAUUCAAGGUGUUGUGGGGAAAGCUGGUCAAUGCCUGCAUAUAUAGACUGUCUUAUCCUCUACCAGCAAACCUGAGCUGCCAACCUUGUAACCAGAGCUCAGAACAAUGGGAUAUACUUAAUAAGGUGUUUAGAUAAAAAAUUGAUCAACGCCUGUGUGACUCUUAACUAUCUCUACUCAUGAAUCUGGGCAGCCAACAUCAGCAAAGCCCAGUAUUACAGGAUAUUCUCAGCUUGAUGUUCAGAUGAGAGCUUGAUGUUUUCUCUGGCAUGUGACUGUUUUUCUGACAUGCAGAUAUUUCUUAGGCGGUUGGCUGUUCAGUAAGUGUUAAAGACAUGGAUUAAAUUUGAUUUCUGAAAUCAAAGUUUUCCAAUGAAGGAUGGAAUUAAAGUGGAUAUUGUUGAACGCCAAAUUCAAUUGGCUUGCAAAGAUCGAAGAUAUCAUUUCAGCUUUCUCAUUUACACACAUAAAAGUUUAUUGUGCUACAAGUGUUUCUUGAAUUUGUAUAAGUCAAGAGUCCAGGGAUUUGUAAUGAGGUGUCAUGGUUGGGAAUAAUGAUGUAGUUGUUCAAUACAUACAUUGUGCAGUAGAAACUAACAAGCUAUUUGGCAAAAAGAAUGUCAAAAUUACUAUAACUUUUAUAGAUGAUAUAAGAUUUACAGAGGGACUUUUUUAUGUUUAUUGUAAAACGUGUAGUGCCAUUUUUAUGGCCCUUCUGCUGACUGGUUUGUUGUUUGAUGUUAGAUCUUAACAAAUACAGAAUCGAAGUAGUGGGUUAGUUAUUGUAUGAAAAAUAUUGAAAUUCUGUGCCAUAUUUUGAAUGCUUCCUUCAUCAAGUUCAUGUUUAACAAUGCAAAUACCGGGGGUAUAUGUUUCAAAUGUUUUGUUUUAUGUUUGACAACAUAGAAAUGGGACAACAACAAAAUAAAGCGAAGUAAAGGUGUCCCCUCGGUUUUCAUUCCUCAUUGCUGGUGUCUACCUGAAAAAAAAUGACUAGAAACUAUGCGAUCAAUUUACUAAAUUUGUCUGAAUUUGAGUUACGAUCACAAAUGAAUGUGCUUAAUUGUAUGCAGGAGAUCUGUUGAUAAUGCAUAUUUAUUUCUGUUUAUGUCUUGUGCUUGUCUGUGAUCAAUGAAGUAUUUAUAGAAUAUUCUCUUACACCAUGCAGUUAACAAUCAUUGUAUUUUAUGGUGUAGUUCUGCAUACUUCAUUUGUUAGCUGGUCUGUUAAUGAAAUGAAGAAAUUCAAGGUAAUGGUUUGUGAAAGCCUUGAUUCGACAUUGUUGCUGGCAUUGAUGGCAGCAGUGUUGUCGGCUUGAAAAAACUUUACCUUUGGCCAUAACAGUUAAACACACAAAAAGUAUUCAAGAUAUGUAAGUGAAACGCUGCGCUCUUAUUUCAUUAGAAUCACUCAUUUCAUUGUCAUUCUAAAUGAUCUCAAAGAGACUUGCGCAUUUAUUGUAAACAUUUCAAUUUUAUAACCAUCAUGGUAUGAAUGCCUAAUGGUUCAUCAUUCAUCACCCCAAUACAAGAACAUAUAAGUGUGUUUAAAAGUACUGUGUAAAAUCACCACUGUUAUUGCAUUAAGGUGAGAGUAUAUUUUGAGAAGUUUUUACUUGUCUAACAAUUAUUUUUCCGAGCAACAAUAUAUAUAAGAUGCUUGCCUGUAUUUUUUCUAAAAAAUGUAAGCGGACGGAAUAACUGGCUGGGAGCCCAAAUCCUUGCUACAUGACGCUGCGAUUUUCACAGCUGAACAUAUUUUUGUGCUGCUUUUCAUUAUUGGGAUACUGGUACACUUAAAAAGUCAAUAUGGCAUCACUAUUUUUUUUUUAUUAUUUCAUAGAUAUACUCAAACAUGCAUACAUGUAUGUUAGAACUUUGCUCAACGAUCAGAACAUGCUAGAGUUGACAAUUGUGUUGAUGUCAACCUUUCACGAAAAUAAGCACUCCAUUAACAGAAGGUAUUGAUAGGGAUGAUGAAAUGCAGGAUUUGUCCUCACAUCAGGAUUAAGACUUCAAUUUCAGACUAUCGUACAUUUGUUAAGUUUGUUGUUGUUUUUGGCCAGUAGGUAUUAAAAACAGUAAAAAAAACACCUUAAAAUGGAUAUAAAUCAAAUCAUUGGAAACCAUUUGAAGAGGAGUCUAAAUUAACCGAGAUUCAGAUCUGAAACCCUUAUUCUAAAAUAAUUUACGGAUACUCGGUCCACUUAAACCCCGGUUUCACGGAUUUUCAGUCCGCUAUCAUCUGUGUUGUGAUACAUUUAUAACAUACUCUGUAUCUUUUGUAUGAGAAUUUGAUAGACUGCAAGUAAGUGUGUUGUGUUAUAAGAAAGGAAUAAAGCAGUUGAAAUGCUUAUUUGAAAUCAUAUAAGUUAUCUUAUAUUCUGUAUUUGGUCAAUAAGAUUGACCAUAUUUUUAUUUUUUUAAGGAUGUCCUCAUAUAUCACUUUUAAAAAACCCUUACAUUGUUGCUUGUGUUCUUUAUUUGUUUACAUGUUUAAUUCAUCCGCUUGCUAAAGAUAGUGCUAGUUAGUAAAAUCAUGUUUAUAAAUGUACCUGGUUGUUGUGAUCUUGUUAUCAAAAUUGUACAUUCUUAGGCAUGGCUUAUUUAAAUCAUUUAGUGAAUUUUGUUUUUUAAGCUAAAAGUCUUACUUUACAUUGAAUGCUCAAUUUUCAGUGAAGUGUUUUUUGUGAAAAGAUUUGUAACCACUUAGAUCUUUUUAGCAAGACAUGCAUGUAUAUGCAUGUUAUAUUUUGUAGUGCUAGAGCGUCAUAACUCCAUAUAAAAAUAGGAGAAGUUAUGGGUCUUGCGUCGAGCCAUCCGGUCACCAUACACAUAUGAAUCUGUUGUUGAAGCAUGUAUAUAGGUUUAAAAUAUAUUAGUUAAUUUUGCUGGAUGAGAGUUAAGAGGUUCUGUGUAACAUUAAAUAAAACAGUAAAUAGAACCUUUCAACUUUCAUCCCUUUGUUCUCAGGGAGAAUUAUUGUACUAUUUUAUACCCAUGUGCAUUAAAAUUUCAGUGUAAUAUCUUGUAUAUAUAGCUUUCUCUUAUAAUUAUGUGUACCUGUAUGAUAUGUUCCAAGAACACUGUGUAUAGACGUAUGUACAUGGGUGAUGGUUUCUUAUUUUAAUACUGAACUUAGUAUAUAUAAUAUUUCUCAUGUAUUGUAAAAAAUGGCAUUUUAGUAAUGAAACACCCUAUUUUAAACUUUCACCCAUGUAUGUGCUUAAUUCUUUUUAAAAAUGAACUAUUCAAAUAAUAUUGUGCCAAGCACCAACACCUUAGAGUCUAGUUGUUUCAGAUUAUAUUUAUGUUGUUAGUGUCUUUAAAUGUUAGCUCAAUUUAUAGCAGUGUUAGUAGUGAUUGGCUUGUUCUCCUUAGUAACGAAAUGUUCCCUUAGUUUUGUAUCAGGCAGGUCUCUAUGAACAUUUCUUGGUAUGUGUUUUGCAAUGGCAUGGAAUUAUUAUAAUGUAAAUGUUAGGACUCGGAAUUCAUACUUUUUUGUUUGUAAAGAAAAUACAUAAUUUGUAAAUUUUUUGUUGACUUUGUUUACCACAAGGAUAUAAAGGGCAUUGUGUCCACGCAAUAUUUCGUGUACAGUACGGAGAAUAUUCAUUUGAUAAUAGUCAUUUAUUGAUUUAUGGCAUUUUCCACAUUUCACUUGUUUUGAUUUUGUUAUAUUAUUUAACGAGUAAUUUCUCAACAAUUCUGUAUAUGUUAAAUUAUUAUCUCUUGUUUUUUAUUUGUGUUAAUAUGUUUAAUGAAACGUGUUGCAUGUCUGUUUUUUAAUUGUUUUAUACUCAGAGGGUAUCGUUGUACUUUAAUAUGAUGAACAUGAAUAAAAACAUAAA